AUGGUCCUAUUACCUCGUCUGCAGCUAUUUGAGAUUGAAGACUUGAGUUGGUGCCCAGCAUGGCUGCGCGAGUAUUCACACAAAUCACUCCACCACAUGUGGAACACGGUUGGGCCUCGCCGAAAAUCGUCGACCGCAGCCCAGGCCUGCGACGUAUUGGUAUCGAAGCUGCUACUGGGCCCCGGGGACUAUACAUUCAUCGAUUGCUGUGCAGGUGCUGGUGGGCCAACUCCCAUCCUGGAAAGAGUCCUCAACCACAGGUUGAGUAUACUUGACAGAGCACCCGCCAAGUUCGUGCUGGCGGAUCUAUACCCUGACUGGAAGGCCUGGGCCAGGAUCACACAACAAAGCAAACACAUUAGCUUUAUCGACAAGCCAGUUGACGCGACCACCGUUGGAAGAUAUAUCGACGAGGAUACGCCGGAAUGUCGGCUCUAUAACCUGUGCUUUCAUCAUUUUGGCGAUGACACCGCAUCAAAGGUUCCAAGAAGCUCAAUAGAAGGAUGCGAAGCUUUUGUAAGAGCCAUCGUCAACAACUUUGGCGCCGCGGGCGGCAACACGGGAAUUCUGCUGGAAGACGCGCCGGUAAGACCUGAGUGCACUAAAGUCGACCCAAGAGGCGUUCAUCUCGUUUCUGUGUCGGCCAAGAGUGGCAACUCUGUUCAAGGCAACCUCAGGAACUUGCUCAGAUGUCUGAAGCAGAAUCCGCAUGUCGAUUUGGGGCAGUUAUCGUACACAACCACGGCCCGUCGAAUGCAUCAUCAGCACCGCGUCAUGCUAUCUGGCUCGCGUGUCGAAGAGCUUUGUACGCAGAUUGAGACGGCCCUUCAGAAUAACGCAGCUGCGACGAGGCCUAAGCGUGGCCCGAAGUUCCUCUUCACUUUCACUGGUCAGGGUGCACAGUUUCCCGGCAUGUGCAAGGAGCUUCUGACCAAUAUUGGCUUCUUCCGCAAGGAGGUGCAUCAGCUGGAUCAAAUCUGCCAAAGCUUAGGCUUCCCUUCGAUUCUACCGGUUAUCGAAGCUGAUACGGAGCAAGAUAUCAACACAUUCACACCUGUCACUGUGCAGCUGGCAAACACCUGCCUUCAGAUCGCAUUAGGAAAGCUGUGGGCAUCGUGGAACAUUACCCCUGCUGCCAUUGUGGGCCACAGUCUCGGCGAGGGCUCGGUCGAGGAGAUUACGGCCGCUCUGGGAGAUGCUAGGCACACCAUCGAGUUUGCUUGCAUAAACUCGCCCGUUGAGACCGUUCUCGCCGGGACCAAGGAGGCUAUCUCUGAGGUGGCGACCAUUCUCACCUUCACCGGAGCAAAGACGACUCCCCUGCACGUCCCGUACGCCUUCCACUCGAGUCAACUAGACCCCAUGCUUCCGGAUCUGAUGGAAGUCGCCCGGAGCGUCACCUUCUGCAAGCCCACCCUGCCUGUGCUGUGCCCGUUGGAUGGCAGUAUUGUUGAAGGUGAUGGGACUUUCGGCCCCGAAUACUUAGUCCGCCACUCUCGCCAGGCCGUCAACAUGAUGGAGGCGCUCAUGGCAGCACGCAGCGGAAAGAUCGUCAACGACACCACCAUGACGCUCGAGAUUGGUCCCCACCCAGCCAUAGGCGGCAUGGUACGCGCUGUCCUCGGCUCACACGUACCCACGCUUGCAUCGUCGCAGCAUGGCAGAUCGGCUUGGUCAGUCCUCGACAACACAAUCAAACAAAUGUACACCGCGGGUGCCGACCUCCGCUGGAUGGCGCACCAUGAUGACUUCGAGGCAUCGCACAACGUCUUGACCUUGCCAACUUAUAGCUGGGACUUGAAGGACUACUGGAUCGAGCUAGUCGAAGAGACAGAGAACGCUGGUGGACUUCGUCUGGUUGUCGAGUCCGACAUCACCCGGCCUGACCUGCGCCCGCUUGUGCAGGGACACGAAGUAGACGGAGUUCCUCUGUGCACGCCCUCGGUAUACGCGGGUAUUGCGCUGAGUCUAGGCACAUACUUGGCCCGGCGAUACCGCCCUGGUCAGGCAAAGGACACCGUAGAUGUGACAGACAUGACGAUACUCAAAAUGCUGAUACUGCAGCCCGAUGCAAAAGAACAGCUCAUGCAGGCCCAUGCCGACGUGGAGUGGUCAUCUGAAUCGGCUGUUAUCAAAUUCAUGUCCUUGGAUAAGAAGCAGAAUUUGCAGGAACAUGCCUGGUGCAGAAUCGUCUUCAAGGAUGGGUCUCUGCAACAGAGGGCCCAGAAGAACGUCCCUGAACUGAAGAAAAAGUUCCAGCAUCUCCGAGACGGUGUCAUUUCCGGGGCCGUCUCCCUCUACACCGGCGCCAUGUGCUAUCGUGCCAUCCGGCCGCUGGCACGCUUCCACCCGGAUUACCGGGCGGCCGGCGAGGUGCUCCUCGACAGCAACACCCUGGAGGCGGUCAGCCGUCUAAGCUUCUCCACGGUGAAGAGGGACGGCAACUUCCACACCCACCCAGGCGUGAUUGAUGCCCUGACCCAGUCGUGCGGUUUCAUCAUGAACUGCAAUGAAUUCGCGGACCCCGAUCUGGAAGAUCCAACAAGUUGCUCGGAAAAUUUUGAAAGUCAUCUUGUCCAUCGAAAGUGGUACCGCGUCCAAGGCUCAGAAGCAACUACCCAAACAGCUUCAUCCUCCAACCCCGGCUCCAACACCUACCUCUUCCUCAGACAAAGGCUGCACCCAAGGGACCUGCUGCCAAUCGUACUCAUAUCUGGUGUAUUCGCCAAGGCCUUGACAAUUGUGGCCGAAGAGAGCGGUAUCGCCGAGGCCGACUUGACAGACAGCACAAACUUCGCCGACGCCGGCGUUGACUCUCUGCUCUCGCUCGUCAUUGUUAGCCGGUUCAGGGAUGAGCUGGAGCUGGACAUCCAGCACGAGUCCCUGCUUAUCGAGUGUCCCACCGAGGGCGAGCUGAGGACAGCGCUUGUGGGAGACGAUCCUCCCGAAGAAAUGAGUCGACCAGUCGCGACUCUCAAGAAAGAAGAGAAACCAAACGCAAAUAGCGUGUCUCUGCAGCAGCACAUAUACACGCCGGCGGAAGUCUCCGCCCUGGCAGCCCGGGAGGAAGCCGUUGACAGGCUCGUCGCCAAGUACACGGACGGAUACUCGGGACCGGUAGCUCCUCCUGCAGCAGCGUCCGCGCCGAAGGAAGAUGAGAAGGUCGUUAUCAUCACGGGCGCUUCGGGAAGCUUAGGAUCGCACUUGGCCUGGCAAAUCGUACAGAUGCCCGACGUAAAGACGGUUAUUUGUGUGAACCGCCAGCACCGAGAGGAGCCCUUUAAGCGUCAGAUCAAGGCUAUGCGGGACAAAGGGAUCCGCUCCCCCGAGGCCCUGAAGCACAAGCUCGUCGUAUUCCAGACCGACACCUCGAAGCCCAUGCUGGGGCUCGGACCAGAUGAUUAUGAACGGCUCGUGAGCACGGCUACCCAUGUCAUCCACAGCGCCUGGCCCAUGAGCGGCAAGCGCGCCCUGGAAGGUUUCGAGCCACAGUUCCAAGUCAUGAGGAGCCUCAUCGACCUGGCCUGCAACGUCUCCUCCCAGCGCCCAGCGUCCUUCAAGUUCAGCUUCCAGAUGGUCUCGUCCAUCGGCGUCGUCGGCCUCUGCGGCAAGCGGGACAGCGACGCCAUGGCGAAGCAGGUCCUCGUGCCCGAGGAGCGGUUCGGCAUCGACUGCAUCCUCCCCAACGGCUACGGCGAUGCCAAGUGGGGCAGCGAGCGCAUGCUCGACGAGACGCUGCACAGGCGGCCCGACCGGUUCCGCGCCAUGGCCGUCCGCCUGGGCCAGAUCGCGGGCUCCAAGACGAGCGGCUACUGGAACCCCAUGGAGCACUUCGGCUUCGUCGUCAAGUCGUCGCAGACGCUGGGCGCCCUGCCCGACGUGCCCGGCGGCGAGCUGUACUGGACCCCCGUCAACGACAUGGCCGACACCCUCGCCGACCUGGUGCUCUCGGACCAUGAGCCCCACCGCUUCUAUCAUCUCGAGAACCCCUGGGGCCAGCCGUGGAAGGAGGUGAACGCGAUCCUGGCUGAUGCUGUGGGCAUUAAAGACAUCGUUCCCUUUGACGAGUGGGUCAAGCGUGUGGCGGCCGCUCCCCAGUGA